ACAUCUAGAAGCAGCGUCGGGUGGUUGCGGUGGUUGCAGAACACGUUAAAAAUUUUGCUAAAAAAGCGGGUUUUCUCUCGAUUUGUGUUAAAUUUGAAUGUUGAAACAUGAGUAAAACUAAACUCGCCGCGUUUUGCCGUUUGUGCUUGGUUGAAACCCGGGAAAGAGUGGUAAUUUUCCCAGAGAAAAGUGCGUCGAAAAACAGAGUCACAAUAUUGUUGAAGCUUGUUGAAAUAUUGGUAAAUCCCGAUACUGAACCAGGAGCUGUGCUAUGCUUUGGAUGCCUGGCAACACUUGAAGAGUUUUACAAAUUUAAGGAACAAUGCCAUGAGAACGACCAGCAUAUAAGAUCUCUCCAUAAGAAAACAAACGGUCCCAAAUCUCGGAAGCAAAACGCUACAAAGAAUACUGUAAACAAACUCGAUGCUUCACCAAAAAAUUUUAAUAAACAAUAUCAAGCAUUCUGUCGAAUGCAGUCUGAUAAGAGCAAACAGCAGCAAGAUGAUGAAACAAUGGAAAGUUCAGAUGCAAAUGAUACAGUUGAACACUAUAUCAACGAGUCUGAAGCAGAAUUUGAUGAAACUCCAAACUCUACGAAUAAUGUGGAACUGGAACCCGAUGGAAAUGUAUAUUUGAUUGAAGCAAUUGAGUCGCACACUAAUGACGAUGAUGAUGAUGACACAGCAGAGGUUAAAAAGGUAGUAAAACGUACAACUAAAGGUCGUAAAAGGAACAGCAAUCAUGCGAAAGAAGCCAAGCCGCCAAAAGUAACUCGACGUUCUGUGAAAAUUGCUUCAAAUUUAGCAAAAGCCCGUGAAAGCACGAGUAAAACAGAAAAUGAUUACGAAGAGCCACCCCAGUUCCAUUUAACCGUUGAUCCGAAAGUAAUUGGCAGAUCCGAUUUCAGCAAUCCGGUUCUCUAUAAGUCAUAUCCGGACUUUUUCCAUUUCGAAAAAGGUCCCCGUUCUAUUAAUUUCAGUCUUGUAUUCUAUGGCGAAAGAUUUAAUUCGGCCCAAUAUGGAGUGAACUAUACAUACUGGCAGUGUACGCAUCGUAGAAAAUAUAGCUGCGAUGCCGUAGUUGUUACGACGAACGAUUUUACAGGAUUUGAACGGAGGUUUCAUCACACGCAUGAGGAGAUUCCGGUAAAAGAAGGAAUCUACUUCUCACCGCACGAAGCGUUACCGCACAUAUUUAAAAUAACUAGGGGCCAUGCUGAUUGGAAACGUGUAGCCAAACAACAUCUGGUUCGCUCUGAGGACCGGCCAAAUCCAGACGAGACAGCAGAAUGCUCUGACGAUGAUGAAUUGGAACAAUCGAAGCAUAACAAGGAUUCCAGUAUUGAGAAAAUUGAUAAAAAAGCCGCGAAAAAGGGAAGUACACAACCAACCAAGAAAAAGUCGAAAGGCAAACAACAGGGGGACACUGUUGAUAUACUGGGGGAAUGUGUUGUGGAAAGCUUGCCCGUACUGGAUGAAAUGCUGGUGCUAGCCGAUUCAUACCCGGAAACAUUUCAUUUUGAGAAAGGUCCGCGCUCGACAUACUUUACAUUAAUAUACGAAGAUGAACGUUACAACUCGCCUCUGUUUACGACUCGGCACACCUACUGGCAGUGCGCACACCGCAGGAGAUAUCGUUGUCCGGCUCAGGUGGUUGUGAGCAAUGAUUAUAUUUCGUUCGAACGGAGGUAUGAUCACAGUCACGACCAGUUACCGGCGAAGGAUCAAACGGUGUACACCGCGAAGGAAGCUUUGCCAUUGAUUUUCGAAGCUUGCAAAAAAACUGCAUACAAGGUUUUUAUUAAGAAAUAUUACAAAACGAUGGAUAAAAAAAUCCGUCUUGCGUCUUUCUGUCGCUUGUGUCUGACAAAAACACAAAACAGAGUUCCAGUGUUUGACGACAACAAUUCAGUUAGUCAUCUUUUACAAUUAAUAGAAAUAGAGAUCGAUUCUACUAUCGAACCGAAUGCUGUUGUGUGUUACGAUUGCGUUGUUACGUUGGAAGGAUUUCACCAGUUUAAGGAACAGUGUCAUGUAAAUGACGAUUUUGUUAAGAACAUUCCUGUCGAAGACGAAGAAUCUAAUUUUUCUGAUGAUGAACAACAACAGGAACAUGUCGAUGUUAGUUACGCUGAAGACGAUGAACAAUCUAACCCUCCGGAUGAUCCGGAUUAUAGCCAAUCGAGUGAAAAUGUGCGAACAAAGAGGAAGGCUAGUGGUUCUGCUAACCUGAAAAAUAACGCUAAAAAACCAAAACCAGUCCAAGAUAUUGAUAUGGAAAAAAUUGAAAAGGAAUGUGCCGCUUAUAACGUACCAACCAAAGCGACAAAGCCUGCGUUGGAAGAAAUGCAGGUGUUGGCGGAAUCAUAUCCGGAUUUCUUCUAUUUCGAAAAAGGUCAUCGAUCUACCUACUUUUCGAUGAUAUUCUACGGUGAAAAGUACAAUUCCGCCCUCUACACAGAACGGUACACUUAUUGGCAGUGUAGUCACCGUAAGAAGUACACCUGCCCAGCACAGGUCUGUGUAACAAACGAUUAUCAAACAUUCGAACGAAGAUACGAUCACACGCAUAAGGACAUAAGAGACAAAGAGGGAACAUUGUACACGCCGCUACAGGCACUACCGGAUAUUUUUCGAACCUGUCGGGAGGUGGUUUUACGGAAACGAGCGCAGCGACGAAAAAAAUUACUUGAAAAGUAUAAAAGAAAGCAAUCUAACUGCGUACAAAGUGAUGACGAUUCUCAAGAAAACACUGUAAAGGAAGAGGACAUGCAAUCGGAGAACGAGGAGUCGAAGAUGGUUGACGAUUCUAACGAAAACAAUGAUUAUGACUAUGUGGUAGAAGAUCUUGAUAGCAGUGAUGAUGAGUGAAUUAUUUUUUUUACUGUUAUGGGUGACUGCGUUAGUCUUUAAGUUUCAUUUAUCUGAACCAUUUUGAAUUUGAUUAAAGUCACAAAAAAGCUUUCGAAAAAAAAAUCUGUUACUUAUAUUAAAUGAUGAGCCAAAGGUACAUAUUAUUAUUUCAGGCGAUUUUGUCACACUUUGACAAUGCUUAAUCUACUCUUCUGAGUUUACCUUGUAGUUUAAAAUAUCUAGUUUAUCUGUCAAUCUUAUUAUCUUUUAUGUUGUUGGCGAACUCUCAAUUCUCUAGCCAGCUUUCCUUACAAAGCAUCAAAAGAAUGACCGUCUAUAACAUUUAACAAAUGUGAUAGGCCGAACAGAAGUAUUAGUUUGCCUUGACGCAAUAUGAGAAA